AUGUCGAGCACACGCGAGCGCCGCAUCCUCAAGGAGCUCAGCGACAUCCAGCAGGACAAGGACAACUCGGGCGUCCUCGCGACCCCCGUCGAUCCCAGCAACCUCACACAUCUCAAGGGCACCUUCCCAGGGCCCCCAGAUACGCCCUAUGCCGGCGGCACCUACACAGUCGAUAUCCAGAUCCCGGACAUGUACCCCUUCAAGUCGCCCGUCAUGAAGUUCGACACCAAGAUGUGGCACCCCAACAUCAGCAGCCAGACAGGUGCCAUCUGUCUCGAUAUUCUCGGGAGCGGCUGGUCGCCCGUCGGCACCAUCAAGACCGCCCUCCUGUCCCUGCGCAUGCUCCUCGAGGCCCCGAACCCCAAGGACCCGCAGGACGCCGAGGUGGCCAAGAUGAUGAUGGACGAUCACGAGUUCUUCGAGUGCGUGGCGCACGACUGGGCCGUCAAGCACGCCGGCGCGCCCCGUAAACAGCCGCCGCCGGACCAGCUGCAGCGCAAGACCACACAGAAGAAGGAGGAUGACAUAGCAAAGUAUCAAGGCUGGAAUAAGAACCUUGUCGACCGCUUCGUCAACAUGGGCUUCGACCUCGACGCCGUCGUGGAGGCAUUCCAAUAUGUGGGUAUCGACCGCAACGGCGGCGACGACUACGAGAUGGAGGAGGCAUAUAUGGGUGAUGUGACCGCCCGUCUCCUGGGCGAGCAAUGA